AUGGCUGAAGUUAGGUGUUUCCUCGUCUCCCACGUAGAAUGGAGUUCUCCGUUUCAUAAUUGCGAGGGAGAAGAAAAACACUCGCGUAGGCGGUGCUGUUUCUCUGCUUUAUUUUGUACUUCCCGCCCACUGUCCACGAUCUAUCUUUUCUAUUUAAUAUCCUCUCUUUCGUAUCUAUCUAUCUAUCUAUCUAUCUAUCUAGCUUUCUUUCUUUCUAUCCAUCUAUCUAUCUAUCUAGCUUUCUAUCUAUCUAUCUAUCUAUCUAUCUAUCUAUCUAUCUAUCUAUCUAUCUCACUUACUUUUGCACUUUUUAUUUGCCUUUCCUUUGCUUUCUUUUUUUCCUCUCGCUCUCUGUCAUUCUCUCUCACACGCACUCUCCUCUUCCUCUCUAUCUUUCACUUUAUUUCUUUCCUUUCACUAGGCCCUAUAGUCUUUCUUUCAGCUGUUCUUGUCUUUCUUCUUUUCUUGUGCUUCUUUUUUUCUGUUUUCCUCCCAUCAACAAUUCUUCCAAUUUUUCCUUCUGAGGAGAACGAUCUUUCCUUUAAUCAUGUUUUCAAUAUCAGUUUUUGGGUAUUUUCUUUUCUUUAUCCGACUUCUUUCAUCUUCGCUUUGAGCCGCUUUCAAUGUAGAAACACUUCUUUCCUUUUUUUUCUUUUCUUCUAUAUUUUUUUCUUUCCUUUUUUUCUUUUCUUCUAUAUUUUUUCUUUCCUUUUUUUUCUUUUCUUCUAUAUUUUUCUCUUUCCUUUUUUUCUUUUCUUCUAUAUUUUUUCUUUCCUUUUUUUCUUUUCUUCUAUAUUUUUCUUUCCUUUUUUCUUUUCUUCUAUAUUUUUUCCUUUUUUCUUUUCUUCUAUAUUUUUUUUUCUUUUCCUUUUUUUUUCUUUUCUUUUCUUCUAUUUUUUUCUUUCCUUUUUUCUUUUCUUCUAUAUUUUUCUUUUCCUUUUUUUUUUCUUCUAUUUUUUUUUUCCUUUUUUUUUCUUUUUUCUUCUAUAUUUUCUUUAUUUUUUUCUUUCCUUUUUCUUUCCUUUUUUCUUUUCUUCUAUAUUUUUCUCUUUCCUUUUUUACCUUAUUCCUAAUUUUUUUAAUCGUAUUCUUUCUUUCUAUUUAUAUUUAUCUUCUUCUUUAAUUUUAUAUAUAUUUCUUUCUUAUGAUAUUCUUUCAUUUUACAUAGACUUCUUUCUUUCUUCUAUAUACUUUCUCUUUUACCUUAUUCUGAAUUUAUUUUUUAUUUUCAUUCUUUUACUUUAUACGAUAUUAUUUCUUUGUUUUCAUAUUUCUUUUCCUCUUCUUUCAUACAGUGAACCUCUUGUUCUUUCUCUUUUUCUUUCUCAUGUAGUGUUUUUCUUUGUACCAUAUUCUCCAUUUCUUUGUUUUUUUCUAUAUAUAUUUUACUUACGUUCUUCAAACGAUUCUUUAAUCUUUUUUAUCUCUUCUUUCUUUCUUUCUUUCUUUCUUUCUUUCUUUCUUUCUUUCUUUCUUUCUUUCUUUCUUUGCCCGUCUGAUUGUUUUAGAUAUCUGUUUUCUACCUUUUUUCAAAAGUCCGGUCAACACUCCUACGGACACGGGCUUUUUCGAUCGUCCAUUUAUCUUCCAAUCCACUACUUCCGCUGA